AUGGCAUCCCACACAGGACUUGGGAGUGGUGGUGCAUUUCCAGAGAUUCCUGUGGCCCAAUAUCCAUUGAAUAUGGGUAGAGAAAGAAAAGAAAGCACAUCAAAUGCCCUUGCAGUUCAGUUGGAUGCCCAGGGGAAGAUACAGUAUGACGUUCUGGCACGUCAGGGACACUCGAAGGAAAAGAUAAUCUACUCGAAACUGACAGACUUGCUCCCAGCGGAAGUGGUGGCUGAAGAUGAUCCAAGCCUGGAGAGACCAUCAGAGGACGAUGUGCAAGAGACUACUGAGAAAACUCGUCUUGCAUUGGAACGUCUCACACAUACAAAGAUAGCAGCUGCUAUGCCAGUCAGUUGUGCAGAGAGAGCCGGUCCUGCACAGUACAUCCGUUACACACCAUCUCAGCAAGGGGCUGCCUUCAAUUCAGGUGCAAAACAGCGUGUCAUUCGAAUGGUAGAGGCCCAGAAAGAUCCAAUAGAACCACCAAAGUUUAAGAUCAACAAGAAGAUACCUCGUGGACCUCCCUCACCUCCUGCUCCAGUAAUGCAUUCUCCAACAAGAAAGUUGACUGUUAAAGAACAGAAGGAGUGGAAGAUUCCACCACGCAUUUCCAAUUGGAAGAAUGCUAAGGGGUAUACAAUCCCUUUGGACAAGCGUCUCGCUGUAGAUGGACGUGGCUUGCAGCAGGUUCACAUUAAUGAGAACGCUGCCAAAGUGGCAGAGGCCCUUUAUAUCGCUGAUAGAAAGGCCGGUAAAGCUGUGGCGAUGCGAGCCCAGCUGGAGAAGAGGUUAGCACAGAAGGAGAAGGAGAAGAAGGAGGAACAUCUACGACAGCUUGCGCAGAAGGCCCGUGAGGAACGGGCUGGCAUUAGAACUCAAGCGGCUGCCACAGAUAAAGAUGAAGAGGCUAGAGAGCGUGAUCAGUUGCGUUAUGAACGUCACAAAGAUCGUCAGCGUCAACGCAACAUUGCUAGAGCUGCUCCAGACAAGAGGUCAAAGCUGCAGCGUGAACGCGAACGGGACAUCAGUGAGCAGAUUGCACUGGGUUUGCCAGCCAAGAACGUAUCAGGUGGAGAAGUUCAGUUUGACCAGCGAUUGUUCAACACUACAAAAGGCAUGAACUCUGGCUAUGGGGAUGAUGAAUCAUACAAUGUGUAUGAUAAACCGUGGCGUGAGAGUGGAACCCUUGGUGCACAUAUCUACCGCCCUAGUCAAAACUUGGACAAGGAUGUGUAUGGAGAUGAUCUCGACAAGUUGAUCAAAACAAAUAGGUUUGUACCUGAUAAAGAGUUCAGCGGUACUGAUCGUACUGCCACCAGAAGUGGACCUGUUCAGUAUGAGAAGGAAGGGGAGGAUCCGUUUGGCUUGGACAAAUUCUUAACACAGGCUAAACGUGCCAGCAAGCGUCCCAAGGAUGACCGUGAUCGACGAGGAGAAGAACAUGAUAAGCGUAAGCGACGGGAAUAA